GCGGACGUCGGGGACGUGCAGGGCGUGCGCCGCCUUGGAGGACGCGCUUCCCAGGGUGCGCGCGCGGCCGCUCGGCCUGUGAGUGGAAACCGAGGGCGCGAGGAGAGCGUGGAGCAUGAAGAGGCAGGGGACCUCCUUGGAGCGGAAAGCCGCGCGGAUACCGUCGGGGACGGCCGGAGCAGCAAAUGGAUUUCUUAUGGAAGUAUGUGUGGAUUCAGUGGAGUCAGCUGUGAAUGCAGAAAGAGGAGGAGCUGGUCGGAUUGAGUUAUGUUCUGGUUUAUUGGAGGGAGGAACCACACCCAGCAUGGGUGUUCUUCAAGUAGUGAAACAGUGUGUCCAGGUCCCAGUUUAUGUGAUGAUUCGGCCACGUGGAGGUGAUUUUUUGUAUUCAGAUCGUGAAAUUGAGGUGAUGAAGGCUGACAUUCAGCUUGCGAAACUUUAUGGUGCAGAUGGCUUGGUGUUUGGGGCACUGACUGAAGAUGGACAUAUUGACAAAGAGCUGUGCAUGUCUCUUGUGGCUCUUUGCCGUCCUCUGCCAGUCACUUUCCAUCGAGCUUUUGACAUGGUUAAUGAUCCAAUGGAAGCACUAGAGACUCUCUUAGCCUUGGGAUUUGAACGCGUAUUGACCAGUGGAUGUGACAGUUCAGCAUUAGAAGGACUGCCUCUGAUAAGGCGACUCAUAGAUCAGGCAAAAGGCAGGAUUGUGGUAAUGCCAGGAGGUGGCAUAACCGACAGAAAUCUACAGAGAAUCCUUGAGGGUUCAGGUGCUACAGAAUUUCAUUGUUCUGCUCGGUCUUCUAGAGACUCUGGAAUGAAGUUUCGAAAUUCUUCUGUUGCCAUGGGAGCCUCACUUUCUAACUCAGAAUAUUCUCUAAAGGUAACAGAUGUGACCAAAGUAAGGACUUUGAAUGCUAUUGCAAAGAAUAUUCUGGUGUAACUGGCCUCUCGAGAGACAUGGAUAUCACAGUGUGAAGGUAGAAAGAUUUCUGGAAAGAUGGUAGAGUGGUAAGUCACAGAAAAUCACCUAAGAUUUGGAGUCCAAGUUCUGGAAAAUACCAACCUGGAGAAGAAAUGAAGGAGAAGGAGGAUUCCUGAGACUCAGAAAGAAUCUGAAGGGAAAGUUGGAACCCAUAGAGAAAGUGAAAAGACGGGUCUCAGUGAUGAAGAAAAGCAGAGAGUAACUGCAAGUUUUACCUGGCUCUUGGCUUUUCACAUGAGAGAGGAGGAUCAAAUCUGCAGAGACACAGUGAGGACAGGUAUUUGCAAAGUCCUCCAGGGAAAAACGCAAGAUGGAAUGAAGUAGUGGAUAUUGGGCACUACAAUAGCUGGCAAGUGACUCCAGCCCAAGCAAUUUCCGUGUCCCCUGGACAGGGUGCUUGGUCGAGUGCUGUGUUAGGGAGAGGUAAACUGAACCAGGACCCAGAGCAUCUGUGAAUUGGCUUCAUCUCAGGGCUACCAGUGUUGAAAAUUUACAGUGACUAGGUGAGGGACAAAUAUGCAAGAUGUAUAGGGUCAGGAAGAGGGUGGUCAGGUCAGCAAGACGCCCAAAGUGUUGUAGACUGAAUGAAGACCCAGCCCCAUGACCAGAGGCCAAGCUCAGUCUGAACUUCAGUGGAUUUGAAGUUUGCUGGAUUAUCUAGUGUGCAUCUGGGCUCUGAUUGUCUCAUUUCUCUACCAGCAAUAAAGUCACUGCCUAAAUUGGACACUACUACAAAACUGUAGACCCUGGAUAACCUGGAGCUUGACAUUACAAAAAGUUUUCUUUUUUUUUUUCUUUAUUAUUUGGUUGGUUGAUUUUUCUUGACUGUUUUGGUUAUUUG